GCCGCGGGCAGGGCCGGGCGGACGGGCGCUGGCAGCGGGGGCAGCGCGGCGGGCCCCUCCAAGUGGCCGCAGCCCCGGCCUUGCCUUCCAUCCUGCUCCAGCGCCGUGAGUGCGACGGGCGGGCCCCACGGGCUGGUGUGAGUGGCAGGAGCCACCUUUGGUCACCAUGGCAAAGAGGGAGGACAGCCCUGGCCCAGAGGUACAGCCGAUGGACAAGCAGUUCCUGGUGUGCAGCAUCUGCCUGGAUCGGUACCGGUGCCCCAAGGUUCUGCCCUGCUUGCACACCUUCUGUGAGAGAUGCCUCCAGAACUACAUCCCUGCCCAGAGCCUGACGCUGUCCUGUCCAGUGUGUCGGCAGACGUCCAUCCUUCCCGAGCAGGGUGUCUCAGCGCUGCAGAACAACUUCUUCAUCAGCAGCCUCAUGGAGGCCAUGCAGCAGGCACCCGAUGGGGCCCACGACCCUGAGGACCCUCACCCCCUCAGUGCAGUGGCUGGCCGCCCUCUCUCCUGCCCCAACCAUGAAGGCAAGACGAUGGAGUUUUACUGUGAGGCCUGUGAGACUGCCAUGUGUGGUGAGUGCCGUGCAGGAGAGCACCGGGAGCAUGGCACGGUGCUGCUGCGGGACGUGGUGGAGCAGCACAAGGCGGCCCUGCAGCGCCAGCUCGAGGCGGUGCGCGGCAGGCUGCCGCAGCUCUCUGCAGCCAUCGCCCUCGUGGGGGGCAUCAGCCAGCAGCUGCAGGAGCGCAAGGCAGAGGCCCUGGCCCAGAUCAGCGCAGCCUUCGAGGACCUGGAGCAAGCGCUCCAGCAGCGCAAGCAGGCUCUGGUCAGCGACUUGGAGAACAUUUGUGGGGCCAAACAGAAGGUGCUGCAGUCCCAGUUAGACACAUUGCGCCAGGGACAGGAACACAUCGGCAGCAGCUGCAGCUUCGCAGAGCAAGCACUGCGCCUGGGCUCCGCCCCAGAGGUACUGCUGGUGCGGAAGCACAUGCGAGAGAGGCUGGCGGCCCUGGCGGCCCAGGCUUUCCCUGAACGGCCGCAUGAGAAUGCACAGCUGGAACUGGUCCUUGAGGUGGAUGGGCUGCGGCGGUCGGUGCUCAAUUUGGGUGCGCUUCUUACCACCAGCGCCACUGCACACGAGACGGUGGCUACAGGUGAGGGCCUGCGCCAGGCACUGGUGGGCCAGCCCGCCUCGCUCACGGUCACUACCAAAGACAAGGACGGACGGCUGGUGCGCACUGGCAGUGCCGAACUACGCGCCGAGAUCACUGGCCCGGACGGUGCGCACCUCCCGGUGCCGGUCGUGGACCACAAGAACGGCACCUACGAGCUGGUGUAUACGGCACGCACGGAGGGCGAGCUGCUCCUCUCAGUGCUCCUCUACGGACAGCCGGUGCGGGGCAGCCCCUUCCGGGUCCGGGCCCUGCGCCCCGGGGACCUACCACCUUCACCAGACGACGUGAAGCGUCGCGUCAAGUCCCCAGGCGGCCCCGGUAGCCACGUGCGCCAGAAGGCUGUGCGCAGGCCUAGCUCCAUGUACAGCACCGGUGGCAAACGGAAGGACAACCCCAUUGAAGAUGAGCUCGUCUUCCGAGUUGGCAGUCGUGGAAGGGAGAAGGGUGAAUUCACCAAUUUGCAAGGGGUGUCUGCAGCUAGCAGUGGCCGUAUAGUGGUAGCAGACAGCAACAACCAGUGUAUCCAGGUUUUCUCCAAUGAGGGCCAGUUCAAGUUCCGUUUUGGGGUCCGAGGGCGCUCACCUGGGCAGCUGCAGCGCCCCACAGGCGUCGCAGUGGACACCAAUGGAGACAUUAUUGUGGCGGACUACGACAACCGUUGGGUCAGCAUCUUCUCCCCCGAGGGCAAGUUCAAGACCAAGAUCGGAGCUGGCCGCCUCAUGGGGCCCAAGGGAGUGGCCGUGGACCGGAAUGGACAUAUCAUUGUGGUCGACAACAAAUCCUGCUGCGUCUUCACCUUCCAGCCCAAUGGCAAGCUGGUUGGACGCUUUGGGGGCCGUGGGGCCACUGAUCGACACUUUGCAGGGCCCCAUUUUGUGGCUGUGAAUAACAAGAAUGAGAUUGUAGUAACGGAUUUCCAUAACCAUUCGGUGAAGGUGUACAACGCCGAUGGAGAGUUCCUCUUCAAGUUUGGCUCCCAUGGAGAGGGCAAUGGCCAGUUCAACGCCCCUACAGGAGUAGCUGUGGACUCCAAUGGGAACAUCAUCGUGGCUGACUGGGGCAACAGCCGCAUCCAGGUGUUCGACAGCUCUGGCUCCUUCCUGUCCUAUAUCAACACAUCUGCAGAGCCACUGUACGGCCCCCAGGGCUUGGCACUGACCUCCGAUGGCCACGUGGUGGUGGCUGAUGCUGGCAACCACUGCUUUAAGGCCUAUCGCUACCUCCAGUAGCUGCAGGGGCCCCGCCUGGCUCAUGGAGGGAUGGACACAGGGGUGAUUGGACAAGAGGGUCUGGCUGGGAGGUGGGCCAGACCUGGCAGCACUGAAUGUGGGCUGUGGGCGUGGGUACGCCCGGUGCCCUCCCCUUCCUCCCCUGACCCCACGGUUGCACUUUAUUUAUUCGGUUCUUGCUUUGGUGACUGGGUGAGCCUGAACUGUGGUCCCAAGGAUGUGUGCAGAGCUUCACCCUCCCCCACACACGUCCCCUCCACCCCAGUCUGCUCUUCACCCCCAGCCCGGGGCCAGAACAGCCUCUACUCCAGGAUAGCAGCCCCUGUGGUCUCUCCCUACCAACCCCUCACACUGACAGACAGCAAUACCCCGCCCCACCCCCAUAUUAAAUAAAUGUCUUCGCCAAGAUG